CUCUACUGCCAUGGCGCCCCCUGGGGAGCACGCAAUCCAGCCCAUCAAUUGCAGCUUUUCCCUCUUUCUUGCGUCACGAUCAUAUAUAACCCCGAUGGCCGCCAAUCCGCCCUCGCCGUUCUUGCUUACUUCCCCCCGCACCCGAAGCGCGUCAAGAAGACCCUGUAGGACGACUUGAACGUCUUGCAGCCGCCGGCUCUGCCCCUACCGACACCCCAUCCCUACCGACACCCCAUCCCUACCCCCUUCCCUUCCCGCGCACACAUCACCAACACCAGCGAUAGAACAUCGCAGUAGCGCGCACACGCACACGCACAAUGCCUACCACCGAAGCAGCGAAGAAGUUCGGGAAGCGGGUCAUCGCGUACCCUGAAGAGACUCCACCGGUCAUCUCGACCACAGAUUGGUUCAGGGAGCGCACAUUCGAUCCCAAGAGCGCAGUUGUCACCUACCUGACGAGCCUGUUCCCCAUUUUUGGCUGGAUCACUCGCUACAAUCUGGGAUGGCUCUCAGGGGAUGUGAUCGCAGGCCUCACGGUCGGCAUGGUCCUCGUCCCUCAGGGCAUGUCCUACGCGCAAAUCGCGACCCUCUCACCCGAAUUUGGCCUCUACUCGUCCUUUGUUGGAGUUUUGAUCUACUGCCUCUUCGCGACGUCCAAGGACGUGUCCAUCGGCCCCGUCGCGGUCAUGUCCCUCACUGUCUCGCAAAUCAUCAAGUCUGUCGAGGAGAAGCACCCGGACACCUGGGAUGCUCCGCUGAUCGCCACCACCGUCGCCUUCAUCUGCGGCUGGAUCGUCUUGGGUAUCGGCCUCCUCCGCCUUGGCUGGAUCGUCGACUUCAUUCCUGCGCCUGCCAUCUCCGGUUUCAUGACCGGCUCCGCGAUCAGCAUCGUCGCGGGCCAGGUUCCCGGCCUAAUGGGCAUGUCCGGAUUUGACACCCGCGCGUCGACGUACAAGGUCAUCAUCGAGUCCCUCAAGCAUCUGCCGGGCACCAAGCUGGACGCCGCCUUCGGUCUACCGGCCCUCGUCUUUCUCUACGCCUUCCGCAUCACUUGCGACAAGUUGGCGAAGCGGUAUCCGCAGCACUCUCGCUUGUUCUUCUUCGCUUCUGUGCUGCGCAAUGCUUUCGUGGUCGUCGUGCUCACCAUCGCCGCCUGGCUUUUUUGCCGCCACCGCAAGACCGCGUCUGGUUACCCCAUCAAGAUUUUGAAGGACGUCCCGCGCGGCUUCAAGCACGUCGGCCAGCCCGUCAUCGACACCGACCUCAUCUCGGCACUUGCCUCCGAGCUCCCUGUCGCGACGAUCAUCCUUCUCCUUGAGCACAUCGCGAUCUCGAAGUCCUUCGGCCGUGUCAAUGGGUACAAGAUCAAUCCGAACCAAGAGCUUAUCGCGAUCGGCGUCACGAACCUGGUGGGCUCCUGCUUCAAUGCGUACCCCGCGACGGGAUCGUUCUCCCGCUCCGCGCUGAAGAGCAAGUGUGGUGUGCGCACCCCGGCAGCGGGCAUCGUGACCGCCAUCGUCGUGCUUGUAGCACUCUAUGGUCUCACCUCUGCCUUCUACUGGAUCCCGUCCGCGGCGCUGUCUGCGGUCAUCAUCCACGCCGUGGCCGAUCUCGUCGCCUCUCCCGCGCAGGUCUACUCCUACUGGCGUGUAGCGCCCCUCGAGUUCGUCAUCUGGCUCGCCGCGGUGCUCGUCACCGUCUUCUCGACCAUCGAGAACGGCAUCUACGCCUCGAUCUGCGCGUCGCUCGCCCUCCUCCUCAUCCGCGUCGCGCACCCGCGCGGCAAGUUCCUCGGCAAGGUCAUCCUCCGCCGCGGCAACGCCUUGUCCUCUUCCGCCUCCUUCUCCUCCGGCAAGACCGCGAGCCUCAAGGCGGGCAUCUCCAGCGCCGAGUACGAGCGCGAGGUGUUCGUCCCGCUCGCCGAGGGCUCCACUGCCGCGCGCCACGGCGUCGAGGUCGUGCCUCCCGCGCCGGGCGUGAUCAUCUACCGCUUUGAGGAGUCGUACCUCUACCCGAACUCGGCGGUGAUGAACGAGCGGAUCGUGGACUACGUGAAGACGCACACGAGGCGGGGCAUCGACUACGCGUCGAUCUCGCUCGCUGACCGGCCGUGGAACGACCCGGGGACGCGCGGGGGCACGGCGGAGGAGGAGCAGAAGCGGAACGAGGCGCUGCCGUUGUUGCGCGCGGUCGUGCUGGACUUCUCGAGCAUCAGCCACAUCGAUACGACCGCGGUGCAGAGCUUGAUCGAUACGAGGAGCGAGAUCGAGCGGUGGACGAAUGCGCCGGUGGAGUUCCACUUCGCAUCCAUCCUCUCGCCCUGGAUCCGCCGCGCGCUCGUCGCCGGCGGCUUCGGCUUUGGGGCGCGCGCGCACGAUGCGGGCAGGUCGCACGAGGUCGCCCCCGUCGUGCCCUACCGCGACGGCCUGCGCGAGGGCGACCCCGAUACCUCCCCGCAGGUCCGCCAGAACGACGUCGAAGCGCGCGGCGGCGCGGAGGGCAUCGUCGAGCAGGCGCGCGAGUGGUCGGAGGCGAGCCACGACUACAAGGAGCAGCCGUCCGAGUCGUACCAGCCGCAGCCCGGGUACCAGCCCACGCACUCCGCCUCACUGCCGCCAUUCGCGCGCUCGGACCUGAAGGACGCGAGCGUGGUCGCGGAGGUCGAGCUCGCGCCGUUGAUAUCGGACGACACGCCGUUCUUCCACCUGGACUUGCAGGAGGCGGUCCGCGCGGCGGAGCGGCGGGUGCCGGGGUACCAGUGAGCACCAAGCACACGGACUUGGCUUGACUUGCUUGGCUCUCUUGGUCAUUGGCUCUGCUCUCUUGGUUAUUUAUCCCCCCUUGUACCAUGUCGUGAUUGUUCGCCCGUCUACAUCCUCAUUUACCUCAUGCGCUCGCCUACUCACACGACUGUACUCGACGAUGAUUACUCACCAACACUUACCGACGACGAAUUGUAUACCUUUGCGGAGGAAAAACGAUAGAACCGCGCGCUGCUUUGACGCGACGAGAUUGGUUAAUUGCCGAUGGUCUAUUACAUAGUACUCACGUACUCAUUUCUACCAAUCACUGUAUUACUAGACAUUCACAAGGCGCUUAGUUAGAGGUCCGCGCAAUGUAGUGGAAGAACAAUUGGGAACUUUUCGAAGCGAGCCCCGCCGUCG